UCGUCGUCUUCCCCCCAUUCUCUCUUAUCCCCCCCGCCGUUCUCCUCCCAUUUUGUCGCCGCCUACCUGCCUCCCGCUUCCCCCGUCCCCGACUCCGACCACCUCCCGAAGGGGAGGGAGAAGUACGAGCUCCCGAAGCCCAUGGCGCCCCUACUCGUUCGCAUCGUCUGAUCGACGCCUCCCCCGCUCCCUCUGCUCUCCUUCUACUCGGCACAAACGCGCACGCGGGGGGUGGGUAGGUGGGCCGCACCGCGGGGCUGGCACGGGCGGAGCCGGAGGCAGAUCUGCGGGGUGGGAAAGGGAGGCGAGCGCGGGCCGGGAUGAGGGGGGAGGCCAACGGAGGGGACCGGCGGCUGCGGGACGAGGAUGGGGAGGAGGAGGAACCGCCGCAGCGGCAGGAGGAGGAGGAGAGGGCGGCGAAGCCGUCUUCUGGGCAGCAGCAGCAGCCCGCUGCCGCGGGGGCGGCGACGACCACGACGACGAGGAGCGUGGGGUACGUGGGGAAGCACCGCCUCUCCGCCGCCAUCCAGCGCCUCGACCAGGAGCUCCAGUCACUCCAGGAUGAAUUGAAUGAGCUUGAAACCAUGGAACCUGCAUCUGCGGCAUGCCGAGAGGUGAUCACUAGUACUGAAGGAAAGCCUGACCCGCUUCUUCCAAUCACAAGUAGCCCGGAGAACUCUUCAUGGGACAGGUGGUUCCAGCGCGUGCGAAGCUCUCGCAGCAACAAAUGGUGGCAAUCCAAAGGCUCCGAUUUCGCCUAGCUUUCACGGAAGCUGAGACAAGCUGUGUGCAGAUUCAAUCGCCCCUGAUCCGUAUGGUCCGUCGUUGGCCUGGCAACGGAAUACAACCCAGUUUUCCUGAGAAUUGUUAUGUAUGUAAUCCCUAACAAAAACAUGAAUGUAUCCUCAUUAGUCCUGACGAUUGCUGUUCAGAAAAUAGUCCUGUAAUUCAUCUUCCUCAGGUGCUGACCAGCUAUGUUUGAUUCUUGUGGUCUUGGAGCAAAAUGGUCCUGUACUUUGGGCAAGUUUGUUGACCUUGGAGCAAAAUUUCUCAUGUGCAUCUUAUUUUGUCGAAA